AUGUCUUCAGACAAUGCUCCCUCAGUCCCCCAACACAAACCUUCUUCCACCAGUUUUGCAGAUGUCUUCAAGACUCUAGCUGUUGGACGCCCCAAAUCGCAUUCCCCAGUUUUGAUCCCUGAAAACAACACCGACUCCUCCCAUUACAGGCUGGGCCUCGAAUCCAUGCAUCGUGGCAGCGUUGUGUCCAGUUCCUCGGAUGGGCCGAGUGGCCCGGACUUCGAAUCUUCGUUGCGCAAUUUGUCACAGAAACAGAAUCUGAACCAGGCUAUUGAGGAAGCGGAGCUUUUAGGGAAAACACUGCUGUGGUUUACUCCGGAGCAGUCCAUGGUGUUGUGGGAGGCAACCGAGUACCUUUUACACCAUGAGUCAUCCCCUGAUGCCCAAAAAAGCGGCGCCAAAGUGUUGGAAGCAAUCGCAGCUCGUCAAGACCUAACUUCAUCGGCCCGACGCUCAAUAUUCGAAUCAAUCGCUGCCCCAACCGAAGCUGAAGUCGUUGCCCCGCGCGUGCAGUCCUUGAUAUCUUUGUCGGAUCAUGGCCGGAAAUUGGAUUUCACCACCACUUCUAUUCUCCAUAUCAUCUCUUCCUGGAUUGUUCCGCUGUACGGAGUCAUCGCCACGUCACGUUCCAAGGCGAAGAAGGUCAAGUCACCCAAAACAAGUGGACUUACUGUUGAGGAAGCGGCUCUCGAGGAUCUGUUCCAGUUCGCUGUGGAUUUAGUUACUCUCCAGCGGAAACCUCCGACCCAAGAGGAGAUUGAGCUACUUCUCGCAGAGACUUUCGCCAUCUGUAGGAGAACUAGCGUCGCCAACGAUAUCAAGAAUUCGCUCUCCGUAUUCGAUGCUGUCAUCCUGUACGCCGACGUCCCAGAUAAUAGCUUCAUUCCUCUUCUGGAAGUUCUCUGCAGCAUCCAUGCUUCUGUCAAGUCUCUUUCUGGGCCUACGUCUCGUGCAGUCCGCAGCCUAGCUAAAUCUAGAAGACACGAUGAGAUGAUAAGCGCUCUUCAUGACUUCAUGAGAGAAAGCUGUGAUGCGGAUUCUUCGCGUAACCUCAACAUUGUUCGUGGCAGCCUUUACGUUAUCUCGGACCUUGUUCGGGCGUAUGGCCAAGGUGGCAUGCCUCAGAUUCCUUUCGAGCCGCUGAUCACCUCACUCGCCAUCGUUGCGCAGAAAGAUGACGGUCGCGUUGAUGCGGAUGUUCUUGAUCUAUGCUUGAAUAUUCUGGAAGGAGACUAUGUUAGCGUUGCUUUGGGCUGCGACUGGACAGCAUUUAUCAGCCUCCUAGUUCUCUGUUCUAGAAGAGUGUUCUACGAGAAUGAAGAUUCAAUCACUUCACCAACAAGCCCUCAGCAGUCUUCUCAGAAAGGAACUCAUGAUGAUACCAAGUCAAGCAUCCUGGCAGACAUGAUUCGGAUUGCGUCGGUUCUUGGGUCGCUCUGGGAGCAGCUGAACAAAGAACAAAGACAGCAGACCGUUCGCUUCUUGGCAAGAUGCCACAAACACAUCGAGCCUUCUCAGUCCGAGCUGAUUAUCAACAUGAUGAGACAGGAUGAAUACUGUCAUCCGGGUGAAGGUGAUGCCUGGGUGCAGCGUAGCCGUGAGCUGAUUGAACGCUUCAUUCAACCUCGAAAGCAGUCUUCCGAUAUUCGAAUUCUGGCCUUAGACACCCUGAAGGAAUCCCUCACUGGAAACGAGCACCUUAUCUUCUCUGAAGAAUACGGCCUGUUGGAUCUUCUACUGCAAGACUUCCCUGCUGAACACGACCUACUUUUCCUAGAGUCAUUAAUCUCUUUUCUCACUGAGCCCGCCAUCCAUAUCAGCAACGAUGAUACAUUCAAGCGCUUAGUGGAUACUAUGAGCGCACCUAUGAAACAUGAUUUCAUCAAAGACGAGCCUCGGGAGUUAUCGCCAAGAACUGCGUCUUCGCCACGUCGCACAUCUACCACAAGUGUUGUGGAAUUAACUUUGGCGAAUGUUUGCGCUGUGGGUCUGGUAAAGAUGAUGCUUCGCGCUUUGAAUUCCUCUGCUACAAAGUCUGUCAUCAUCUACGAAGCUCUUCUGCAGAUCGCGCAGUCUCCAGAUCGUCCUACCGAUGCUCGUCUAAGCGUCUUGAAGUUGCUCUUCCGACUCCGAUGUGAUUCCGCUGGUUCUGUAUCAGUAGUCUCAACCUCCGAAGGGGAUUUUUUGAUGAAUGUAUUGGGUCGAAAUGUGGAUGUGGGCGUCAAGAUGCGAGCUCCAAGCGAUAGCCCUAGCAGGGAACCCCAACAUGAGAAUAUUCCGCCUCUUCCAAGCAGUAAGCUUCUUGGAAGAGACUUACCUCCAUCAUCUCUAUCUAAAAGUGGACCCCGAGGCUCUAUCUCUGCUCGUGGUGGCUCAAAAUUAACACCUCCUGUUUGGACCUAUGCUUUGCCACAAGUUCUUCCAGAGCAGCCGCCGGGGGAAUCUAGUCCACUAGUUUACGCCCAUGCCCAAGCGGAGGCACAAAGCCCUCUCAGUGAAACAAUUCCAUCACAAGUUGGCGUUCUCAAAGUGAACAUGUGGCUAGAAGUGGUUAUCUUGCUUCUCCAGCGUGAGACCGACUGGGACGUUUACAGUUACGUGCUUACACACCUUGGUCCUCAGCUCGGCAAUAAAGAAUUCUUCAACAGCUCCACUCCUCAAAUCAAGCUUCUUCGCAGCAUUCUAUGUGACCAAGUCAAGAACGAGACUUUCCAUGAGCCUCCUGGUCUUACUGGCCUUAAGAAGAGUGAUGUGGCUGCUUGUAUCUUCGAUGCGCUGUGCAUGCUUAUUAGCUAUCACGAGCAUUUUGCCAAAAGUGAAGAGGACGACCUCGUGCGAGCUUUCAUGACUGGCAUUAUCGGUUCCUGGGGUGCGACAUCUCGUGGAUGUAUCCAAGCUCUUUCUCUUUGCUGUCAUGAAAUCCCAGCCUCUGUGACAAAAUCCCUGAUGAGCAUUCUAGACAAGAUGUCCAAGGUGAUCACUAUGUCGAAUCUUGCUGUCCACAUCUUGGAGUUCCUGGCACUUCUUGCGCGACUACCAGAUGUCUACAUCAACUUGCGCGAAGAGGAGAUUCGUACGGUAUUUGGGAUCUGUAUUCGGUUCUUGCAAACAUCUCGGGAACAGCGCUACAAGGGCGCUGAAUCGCCUACCGCACGUGGACCUCAACAAACCCCGUCAAGACUCAGUGCUGGUGCACGGGAGAUUGCCACUGGUGCAGCAGAAGCGGCCGAAAAUACCUCGGCUGACGCCAUGUCAAACUAUAUCAUGACGCUGACUUAUCAUGUCAUGAUAUUCUGGUACCUGUCUCUCAAGCUGCAAGACCGGGCGAAACAUGUCAACUGGAUCACCAGCCGACUAAUCUUCCGUGAUGAGCAAGGGAAAGAAGUCGUCGAGGAACAAAGCCAAGUCUUCGUUGAUUUGAUGCAACGCGUUGCCUUCUCGGAUUUGGGCGAAACAGUCCCAUUUGAAAAAUUUCCCCCUACUCCUGAAGAUGGCCCAGUAUCAAAGAAAUCUUGGGUUGUAGGCCUAAGCAUUGUGACUGUUGAGACCGCCGGUGUGUCUGGCCUUACCCAGGUCUCCAAGCGCCAGGCAUCGGGCACAACGUACAUUGUGUAUCAACAACGAACUGCACCUGUUUUACCACACCAAGUUCCCCCUACGCCAGAUGCCCAUAUCCACUCUGAUGACAUGCGGACAGCCGUCCUUCCCAGUCACAUCAUGCUUCAGAUGACCACUACAGCAUUCCCUACUCCCGGGAUGAUGCAACCAAUUCCAGUCCCUGAGGAUGAUAUCACCCGACGUGCAAUCGCUAGCUUUGAUCGAACUGAUAUCGUCGAUGGGCAUAGGAUUGGAGUUGUCUACCUGGAUUAUGGUCAAACCAAGGAGGCCGAGAUUCUUGCCAACACUGGUGGCUCUCCGGACUACGAGCAUUUCUUGUCGGGUUUGGGAACUAAAGUCUCACUUCGGAAUGCCCAGUUCAAUACCCAGGGUCUCUAUGCCGAUACUGACGGCGAGGUUACCUAUGCCUGGCGAGACCGUGUCACCGAGAUAGUGUACCACGUUGCAACCAUGAUGCCUACGAACCUUGAACACGACCCUGCCUGUAUCAACAAGAAGCGCAAUAUUGGCAACAACCAUGUCACCAUUGUGUUUAACCGGAGCAAUCUACCCUUCAAUUUCGACACCAUUCCCUCCGAGUUCAACUCAAUCAAUAUUGUCAUCACCCCUUCCAGUCGCAUUGCUUAUGAUGAGAAUGGCGCUGUCAAGGGCAGUGCAGAUCCAGAUAAGCUCUACUACAGUGUGAGGGUUAUGAGCAAGCCCGGUUUCCCUGACGUCUCGGCUGCCGCUACCCCAAAGGUCAUCUCUGGUAAAAAUCUUGCUUCUUUCGUUCGCAUUCUGUCUCUCAGUGCGUCUGCUUUCUCCCUUGUAUGGAAUAACAAGGGUGGUGAACAUGCCUCUUCAUGGCGCACUCGUCUCCGUGAGAUCAAGAAAGUCCGCGAGCGUGCCUUAAACCAACAACAAACGCAAAGCUCUGAAGCCGCAGAAGGUGCCUAUCCAGGUCAACGUCGCAACACAAAGCCCAACAUCUUCUCUGAAGAACUACCUACUCGUGCAGCACCUGCUCGAACGGACUUUGCUUCAGAAUGGGACGCCGCUUCUGGGGGCAACAUUCUCCAGAACUUGGAUUUCUCUCGCUGGGGCCGCUAA